AGAACCUUUAGUGAAGUGAGCAGUGCUGUAGAGAGCAGAUCUGUAUAGUUUUUCUUUCUAGGAAAUGAAAAAUGAGGCCCGCUAUCCAACCCAAUUCAUCAGCAAGUCCAACGUUCAGUUCUUAGCUCUUUUAAUUGCUCUACUUUCUGUGAAUCACGUUUGGAAUUUAAAGACUAUCAUCGGAAUACAAAUACAAAAUGGAUGGAACAAGAUCAUUGAUCGGAUUGGUGACGACCCAUUUAACUUCUACGUUUACAGUUUAAAUAUUUCGUUUCUUAUCGUCUAUUGGACCAUCGGACUGGCCUAUCUCCUGAUGGAACUAACCGCUUGGCCAAAGUUCAUCUUUCGGCGAAAAGUUCAACCCAAUGUCGUGAUCGAUAAGCGAAAAAUCCCAUCGUUGAUUCGCCUGAAUUUAUUUAACCAAAUGUUCGUAAUGGUUCCUUGCUCGAUCAUUGCUGGUUACUAUUCCCUACUGAACAAAAGCGUUCCACCUGUUCGAGAGGUGCCAACUCUCCUACGAUUCCUGGCUGAUUUAAUGAUCCUGAUUCCAACUCAAGAAAUAUUUGUUUAUUACACCCACAGGAUGUUUCAUCAUAGACUCCUCUACAAGUGGACGCAUAAAUGGCAUCACGAUUGGACGACACCAGUGGCCUUAUCUGCCAUGUACAAUCAUCCCCUGGAACAAUUGAUUGGCAAUGUUCUUCCAGGCAGUAUCGGUUUCUUACUGACCAAUUCUCACUUUUGCACUCAAUGGUUCUGGCACAUUUGGAGCGCAAUAAGAUCUUUGAACGACCAUAGUGGCUAUCGUUUGUUUGCUUUUCCUUCUCCUGUACGUCACGAUUUCCAUCACCAAAAAUCAACGGAAUGUUUCGCUGUUUGGGGCUGGGGACCUCUUGACUACCUUCACGGCACUGAUAAGGUCUUCCGCUCUAAAAUUGCAUCAGGAGAAUUGUCUCAUUAAAUUUAGCAGAUUGACGUACACGGAAAACAAAUUUCAGUAAAGAAUUACAGUUUUAACCUUAAUAAACUGUGCUAUAAAUAUUGACAGCAAUAAAGAAACGUUUUAUCAUCA